ACAACAAACACAAGCAAAAAAUUUCACAGUUGCUCAUAUAAUACUUAUACUGUCUUCAGUAGGCAUACAUACGCGCAGGCGACGUCACGAAGUUGCGUGCGCCAACUAAUGCGAGAGAAAGAAUUUGUGGCGACAAUCUAACUAAAAUUAAGUUUAAUUAGUAGUGGCAGCUGCGAAAAAUAAUGACCUCGAUUAUUUGUGUGGAUUCCAGCUCCGACGAUGAGACGCCGCCCGAUCGUAAGCGACCCAGGCUGGAAAGUGGCGUCACUACUGUCCAAAGUUUUAAGGGAAUAACCGUCAAGCCGGUCUGCAUACCAAAGAAUGUUAUUACAAAAACGCGAACGCCAACGCCGCCUGUAACAAUGACGAUGACGAUGUCACCAACACCGACUGCCGCGUCAAUUAAAUCUAUGAACAUACCCCCUGGCAUAACAGUUACCAAACACAAUCCCAACAUACCGAUGGCCUCAACCAUCGUCAGCAAUGGCAACAAACAAAUUAAAGUGGCCGCUGCCCAAAAGGUUGCAGCCAGAUUAGUAAGCAGGAAGGUACAAAAGUCAAUGCCAGCCACUGUUCCCAACAAUGCCAUCAAAGUUGUGCACGGGGCCAUGUCCACGGCCACUUCCACGCACAGCAACAGGUCUACGAUGCCUAUGCAAAAACUGGCGAUCCAACCAACGCAACAAAUACACCUGAAACAGCCCAUACAGCAAAAGCAGCCUAUUCAACAGAAGCAGAUCAUUCAACAGAAGCAGCCCAAUCAACAGAAGCAGCCCAUUCAGCAGCAGCAGCAGCACUCAAGGGAGCAGAUGGCAGCGCCAUCAUCAACUCUACAGACGAUAGCAACAUGGACAAUGACUAAAAAGGCAUCCACGUCCAACACACUAUCAACAGCCUUAGCCGCCAGUUCAGCAAGUAGAGCAGUGCCCUCCCCUACAAUCACAAGCACACCAACGCCCAUACCAAAGCCCAAUCCUAGGUCACCUCUACCUAUGCAGAAGCAGCCCAUCCAACAGAAGACUGUUCAGCUAAAUGCAGUCCAGCAUAAGGCGAUGCAGCAGAAGUGUGUCCAACAGAGAACUAUGCAGCUUACCAAACAAGUCCAGCAAAAUACAUUGCAGCAGAAGCUUGUCCAGCAAAAGCAAAAGUUGACGCAAAACCAGUUGCCACCUUCUCAGCCAAAGCAAUCGACGCAACAGCGGCAGCCGCCGCCUCAACAAAGGCCUCCCCCAAUUCCACAGAGUCAGUCACUGCAGCAACGGCAGUCUGCGCCGCAGAGGCAGAUGAAUUCUGCAAUGCCACACAAUUUGACAUCAACACAAAAGUUAACUGUGCCGGAAUCUCCGUUCAGUCUGAGUGGAAGCGUCAAUGCACUAACGCCAGAUAAGUGGCCAAGUGGAUGGGCCGGCAUGCGCAAUAAUGCGUUUGGUAUCAAACCAUUACCAGAAUACGCGCCUAACAUGAAUGCAGCCGCACGCACAAUACCCUUUCCCAUGGCCACGGCACUUAAUUCGUCGCUGCAUUCCAUGGCAGCCAGCGAUGCACCUCCAUUGCGUCUGCUGGCAACGCCACCGCAUUGUGCGGCUGCCCUCAAUGAGCCUCUGUUGCUGAAUUUGCCAGCGACGACCAGCAUUACGCCACAGCUGACGCCCACAACCACACCACCUCCGACGGCGGUGCAGCAAUUGAAGAUGCAGACCCCGCUGCCAGGUGCUAGUAUAUCGCCGGUUCCCAAACCAGCAGAUACGACACGCAAGCGCGUCAAACCCAUAACAGUGCUGAAAAAAUCGGACGAGGCGUGGCGCAAGCAUCUUUUAAGUCAACAACAACAACAACAGCAGCAGAAGCAGCCGCCACCACAGCAACAGGCGCAGCUUCAACCACAGUUGGAGGCACAGCAAAAUGCAAAAGGUGUUUGCAAAUAUGAUGAGCAACAAUCGAGUCCGCCCACCAUAGUAUUGGUUGAAUCGCCACCCACAACGCCGCCCACAGAUAAACUGGAGCGAGAUGAAACAUUCACGCCCGCGCCAAAGGAGCUCAAGCAAGUGACGCCAUUGCCGCGCGGAUCGAAUGAUACUCCAACGCCACCAGCAACAACGGCAGCGUCAGUGCCCGCACCAGUAGUUCCCGAAUAUUUGGAACUCUUAAAGGUUAGCCGCGAGGUGGACAGCUCCAAAGAUAUGGAGCGUCUGAUCGACAUCAAACUGCUCAAAUAUUAUAACAGUGUACAUGAGAAUUUCGUGCGUUCCCGUGGCUUCCGCAAGCUAGUGCAGCAGGCCAUAGAACGCAUACAAGCUGAGCCCGAAUUGGUUUAUCUACAUCUGAAGGGUGUGGUCGACGAGCUGAAGGUGCGGCGCAAAGCCAAAGCAGUGGUGAUAAAAGAGGAAGAGUUACCAACGCCCGCUCCGGCACCUCCUACAGAGGAGCAACAGCCAAGGCCACAAUUGAAAGUAGAAAACAGAACAUCUGUGGACAACAGCACAACAAUUAGAGCAACAGAAGGCGCUACUUCAGUGAACAAACCAGCCACAGCAACCACACCACAGAAAUCGCCGCCCGAGGUGGUCAGCACGGGCAACAAGCGGACGGACGAACGUAUACGAAAACUGAAUCGCACACUCUAUACAAUAACAAAGCGCAUUGCCGCAUUAGAGGAGUCUGAGGUUGAUUGGAACGAUGAUGAUGAUUCCAGUUAUCUUCAGGUGGAGCGCUUCAAGAGACGUGCUUGUCAAAUUUAUGAAAAAAUCUGUGAUCUAACCGGCGAGAGCAAGACUGCGUAUCGCCAAAUGAAGCUGCCCGUAGUAUUCAAGGACUCGCCCUAUCCACAGUUCAAUAGGAUGCUGUCUGCCUUUGUUAAUCGCAUGCACGAGUUUCCUGACUAUAAUGAUGUCCUGCAACUCCUGGAGCACUGCAAUCGAGAGAAAAACCUGGGAUUGGCUACAUUUGAAAUGAAACGUGUUGCGCAAGACGCUUUUGUUAAAGUGGGUAAAUUACUGCAGGAGCGACGGAAGACUGAACUCUACGAAACCGUAACACAUUUCACGGGCAAUGCCAAGGAUCCGGCGGCCACGGAUCCAGAGCUAUUGGCCAAGUUGAAUGAUAAUACCAAGAAGCAUACAAAGAUUAGUGAUAUACUUGAAAAGUAUGCUCACGAGCAGGAUCUCACCGCGGAGGAGCAGCGUGAAGCGCGUCUUAAGGAAAAACAGCAGGCGCAGUCGACGAUAAGUGACGUCACUAAAAACAUCAUCGAUGACGACACACCCUGUACGAGCGCCCAGGCUCUGGCCAUGAUGAAUGGCAAUGGAAAGGGCCGGGAAAGUGCUGAAGGCGCUGCGAAUCACGUCGAUAAUAUUAACAGCGUUGUGGUUGACGAUACAGAGUCAGAAGAGGAGGAGGAUGAUGAGGAGGAGGAUGAAGAGGACGUGGAUGAAUUCGUGGAUAGUUUUAAGGGGAAUGGCGAAAUAAGUGAUGCUGAUUCAGAAACAGCAGUUGGCUCAACACCAAAGAUAACAGCAAAACAAUUAGAAACCACAGUUGUGCCGGAUGUGAUAAAUACUGUAGAAACGAGAUUAAAGACUGCAGAGUCAAAAAUUUCAAAUAUUGGCAGCGGUCUGCUGCCGAAUGGCAAACUGAAGCCAAUGCCGGAUAUUGUUCCUGCGCCCGCAUCAACCAAUACAAUGUUGAAAAUAAUGUCCGUUUCUAGUCUGAAUGCCACAGUGUCCAGCAAUGAUAGUAGCUCAUUGCAGCAGUACCAUCAACGACCGGCAAAAACAGCAGCAACAAAAAAGCCAGCAAUUGCAGCCGAGAUUAUCAUAUCCGACGAAGAGUCGUAGCUUUACGAUAUGCUCUUAGCCAGGCACACACACACACAAGCAAAGGAAACAUCAAUAGAUUAGUAAAGUUUUUGUAUAUUUAUUUAACUAUUGUUUAUACACAUUAAGGUAUGGUCGGACUGCCAAAUAAUUUGCAUAAACAUUUUUCACUUUUCAUAAGAAUGUCAUGAAUGUAGUGUUUUUUCAGUGUAAACCAAAAGCAAUUUUAAACUAAAACGGUAAAUCCCCAGGAAAAAUGAGGAGAAACCAAGAAUACAUUUUUUUUCCAAAUUUAUAGUGACCAUUUACACUGGAAAAGGAAUAUUAUGUCCAAAUUUCAGCUUUCUAGCUCUU